GGCACCUGAACGCAUCACUUCUGGCAGUUUUUGUGUGCUUGUGUGCAGCUUCAGUUCACAGCAUCUGCAGCCGGACUAAAAGUGAAAAUGCCCGCAGAUUUGAGCCAGUGGACCGGGCCUCUGACCCUGCUGGAGGUCGAAGAGAAACCCGCAAAUCCCAUGACUGUUAAAUACGACUCUGUGGAGAUAGAUGAGCUCGGCAAAGUGCUCACGCCAACACAGGUGCAGAAUCGACCCACCUGCAUCGAGUGGGAAGGAUGUGACGCCAGUAAGCUGUACACUUUGGCCCUCACCGACCCGGACGCUCCCAGCAGGAAAGACCCCAAAUUCAGGGAGUGGCACCACUUUCUGGUGGUCAACAUGAAGGGGAAUGAUGUGUCCUCUGGCUGCGUCAUGUCCGACUACGUGGGCUCCGGUCCUCCCAAGGGAACAGGUCUCCACAGGUACGUGUGGCUGGUGUACGAGCAGCCAGGCAGCCUGUCCUGCACCGAGACCGUCCUCACUAACUGCUGUGGAGACGGACGCGGCAAAUUCAAGAUCCAGAGCUUCAGGCAGAAAUACAACCUGGGAGCUCCGGUGGCUGGAACCUGCUACCAGGCCGAGUGGGACGACUACGUCCCCAAACUGUACGAGCAGCUGGCCGGAAAAUAAAUGAAAAGACUCUGAAACUUUCAGCACUAGGUGCAGGAAUCGUUCUUGCAGAAAGCAUUAAACCCCAACAGUAACAAAGCAUUUUUCUUUGUGAGUGUGCCACUAAAUAGUGUCUUUUUUUCCGCACUGUUGCCUUCCACCCAUGCUGUGACUAAAAUAACUGCUCCUCUCAAUCAUGCCACCUGCACUCAAUCUGCAAUAAAGGUGUUAAACACUGAAA